ACCAAGCUGAGAUGGCAGCCUCACUCAGUUGUCUGAACCGGUGAAAUCAUAUAGGAUAAAGACGACCGAUAUACCAGACAAUCGUUUCGUUAAUGUUAUGCGGAUCAUCCGUUAUCGAGCUUGUCUCAGGUUCGUAAACCACAGCCAAGGGACCAGUCUGACUGCAGUGAAUGACUUAACGUUAGCAUAUUAGCUAGCUAUAGUAGCUGACAAACUAGCUGUAGCUAGUCAGUUACAAAUUGAUAACUUAACAAAUGUGAAAAAUUCAACGUUUGAACAAACUGAAACGAUUCACGUAGAACGUUUCUAUGAUUUUGACAGAAAGCUGAAUUGUAGGUAGUGUCGCUCGCCUAGCUCCAGCUAGCCAGUGUUCGGCCUGUUUGUUGUUGUUUAUGUUUAUCUAACGUAGCUAGAUAAACCGCUGAGGACUAACUAGCUAGCUAUCUAGUCUCCAAGAUGUCAUCGUGGCUGGGUGGACUGGGCUCCGGCUUGGGCCAGUCGCUAGGCCAGGUCGGGGGAAGCCUGUCCUCAUUCACCGGACAAAUAUCCACCUUCACAAAAGAUAUGCUGCUGGAAGGAGUUGAAGAAGUUGAAGGUGUUUCCACUGAGCUGCAGGUGUCCAGUUCUAAGAUGGAGCAAGUGGAGGCUGAGAAUGAGCGUUUAAAGAGGAUCCAUGCAGAGCUGGAGGAGAAGCUGGAGGCCUCAGAGAUCCAGAAUAAACAGCAGUCUGCUGAGUACAGGAUCCUGAUGCAACAGAGAGAUGUAGAGAUCAGCCACCUGAAGGCCCGUCAAACUGGACUACAGGAAGAGGUCCAGAAGUUACAACACUCUGCCCAAUCAGUUUCCUCCGGCUCAGCUGUACUUCCUGUCACCUCCGACUCCACCACCACUACCCGUCCCCGGGGGAGCGCCGUCCAUCAAGGUUUCCAUGGCAGCGACGAGAUGGACUUCAGUGACGUGAUCUGGUCCCAGCAGGAGAUUAACCGUCUGUCUACGGAGGUGAUGAGGCUGGAGGCCGAGGUCUCCCACUGGAGACGCGUGUCUCAGGCAUCCGAAGCCCCAGGAGCAGGAAACGGUGACCAGGGAGAGGUUCUGAAGCUGCAGAGGAUCAUUAAGGAGUUGCGUGAGGAGAUGGGUCGUGAGGUAGAUGAACACCAGCAUGAGUUGGCAGCGCUGCAGGACGCACAGAGACAGAAGAUGGCCGACGUCAUCCGGCGCCACCGGGACGAGCUGGCAGAGUACGAGGAGAGGAUAGAGGAGCUGGAGGAACAGAAACAGACUGGAGGUAACAGUCCAGCCAGCGUUACUCACGACUCCUCCUCUAAGGCCUCAUCCCUCCACAGCACCUCCUUGCAGGAGGCAGCAGAGGAGAGACUGAAGGAGCUCACAGCCAGCCUGGAGGAGGCAGCAGAGGAGAGACUGAAGGAGCUCACAGCCAGCCUGGAGGAGGCAGCAGAGGAGAGACUGAAGGAGCUCACAGCCAGCCUGGAGGAGGCAGGGAGGAGGCAGGCUACACUGCAGCGGGAAAAGAUGGAGGCGCAGGCUGAGAACGCUGAGCUGCUGCAGAACAACACACAGCUGCAGUCGUCAGUCACAGCGCUCCAGACACGCGUCCAGGAAGAGAAGGCCUGGAAUAAGGCCCAGCUAGACCAGGAGAUACAGGGGCUGACGAAUGCUCUCGCAGGGGCGGAGCGGGAGAUGUUGAGAAUGAAGACUCUUGAGAGGGAACCGAAGAGCCAGGUGGAACGUGCAGACGUUCUAGAACUCAACGCCAUCAUUGGAACCCUGAGGAAAGAGAAGGUUAUGACGGAACAGGAAAAGAUGAAUCUACUGGAGAGACUUGCGUGUGCCGAGGACAGAGUGGAGUCAGACGUCCUAGACAGACGAGAGUUCUCCCCAGCCGCCUCAGAGCAGAUAGCAGAGCUGAGGGCCGAGCUGGAGAAGAGAGAGCAGGCCCUGAAAGACAACCGAGAGGAACGAGACACACUCCUCAUCACGCUGGAAGAACUGGACCGACACAACACGGAAGCUACACAGCAUGUGAUCUCAGUGAAGGAGAAGCUCUCUGUUCAGCUGAAGGAGUCUGAGACAGAGGUGUCCAGGUUGCAGUCAGAGCUCAGUACCACCACCGACCAGAGGGUGGCGCUACAGGAAGAACUACAAGCCCAGCAGGGGAAACUGAGCCAGAGUGCUUACAUCCUGAACGAUCUCCACAUGGGCAAGCAGCAGCUGGAGGCCACCGUCAAAGAGUUGAGGGAGAAACUUGGAUGGGCAACAACGAUGGGCAAAGAGACCCAGAUGCUCCAGAGAACCGUACAGGAGAGGGAGGAGCAGCUGUCUGCUGCCCGGGCAGAGUUGUGUGAGGCUGGGGAGAGAGGGAGAGAAUCCGGGGGGUCCAGUGAGGAGCUGGAGGAUCUUAGGAGAGAACUGGCUGAGAUGAGGAGCUCCCAGGAGAAGGUGAUGUCAGAAGACUACGAGAUGAAGAUGGAGAAGCAGAGGCUGAAGACAGAGGCUGAGCAUGCUCAGGGGAGGAUAGAGGAGCUGGCCAGGCAGGUCAGGGAGUUCCAGGAUGCUCUCAACAGGACGGUCCUGGAGAAGGACACCCGCAUCGAGGCUCUGAAGCUGGAGAAGAGCCAGCUGGAAGGGGAGCUGGUCCAGGCAGAGAGAGGCCUACAGGAGCAGGUCAGGCAGUACCAGCAGACCAUCGAGGAGCUGACCGCUGCCCGCUCCAUGGACGCCUCGGCACUGCAGACGGCGCAUGAGAGGACGGUGAAGCUGAACCAGGAGAAGGACCUGAAGAUUUCCCAGCUGAGGAGAGACGUGGAACAGAUGGCCUCCGAACACAGAGACACCGAUGAGAUGCUAUCCGUCACCGUGGCCGAGGAGAAAAAACAGCUGAUAGACCUCCUCCAGGAGAAGGACUCCUUCACGGAGAGCCUGAGAGCCAACAUGGCCGCCACCCAGAGGGAGCUGGAGGCCGUGGUCCAGGCAGCCACCCAGGAGGCUGAGACCCUGAGAGGAGCUCUGGAGGAGAAGGACACGCAGCUGGGAUGCAUGAAGGAAGACAACAGCCACCUGAAGGAGGAGAUGGAGCGUCUGACGGACCAGCUAAGUAGACCCCAGCCUCCCGGCCUGGCCGAGCCACGCGCCCCGGACAUCAUCACCGAACUGGAGAAUGAGAUCACCCAGCUGAAGACCUCAGGAGAUGCCUCGAGGAGGACCGUAGAGGAGCAGCAGGGACAUCUCCUCUCCUCCCAGCAGUCUCUCCUGGCGCAGCAGAACGAGUUGGAGCAGGCCCACCAACGCCACGAGCAGAGCAGAGAGAACUACGAUAGGCUGAUCCACGCCAAGGACGAGGAGAUUAGACGCCUGCAGCAGGAAGUAGAUCACCUCGGCCCUACCCAAUACUCCCAGGAACAGGAAGUGGUCAUUCUCCAACGGGAAGACGAGACCAAGUCGUCCCUGAAUAACAGGGAGAACGGCAACGAGAAACACGACCUGUCCAAGGUGGAGGUAGAGAGUCUCGUGAAGGGCAUUAAGGAGAAGGAGACGGAGAUCAACCAGCUGAAUGAGAAGAACCAGAACCUGACCAGACGGCUGGAUCAGCUGGUGGUCUCCAGAGAGGAAAUGGGGAAGCUCAGCCAGAUGGUCCAGCAGAAAGACGUAGAGAUCCAGGCGCUGCACUCCCACGUCUCCCUGGGGGGAGGAGGCCACAGCCAAGACGUGUUGUCCCUCCAGCAGCAGCUGCAGGCCUACGCCGUGGAGAGAGAGCAGGUCCUGGCCGUGCUGAAUGAGAAGACGAGGGAGAACAGCCAGCUGAGGGGGGACUACCAGCACAUCAUGGACAUCGUAGCAGGGAAGGAGGCUGUGCUCCUCAAGGUCCAGCAGGAGAACAUGAGGCUGUCUACCAUGUCUGACCCCUCAGGGAGUCGAGAGAUGUUCAGAGAGACCAUUCAGAACCUGUCUCGGAUCAUCAGAGAGAAGGACAUUGAGAUCGACGCGCUGACCCAGAAGUGCCAGACAUUGGUGUCGGUGCUGCAGGCAGGAGACUCUGGAGGCGUCAGCUCCAACCAGUUUGAAGAGCUGCUGCAGGAGAGGGACACACUGAAACAACAGGUGAAAAAGAUGGAGGAAUGGAAGAUGCAGGUGAUCACCACAGUAAAGAACAUGCAGCAUGAAUCUGGCCAGCUGGUAGAGGAGCUCCACAAGCUACAGGGACAGGUGGAUGCUGACAAAGACUGCACCUCCGAUCUCUCCGUGGACUACAGCCGUCUGAUCCACAGCUAUGAGCGGAAGGAGAGGAAGCUAGGCAGUCUCAGUCACGAACUAGCCCACGUCCAACAGACCAUCAGCCAGCUGAGCAGUACUAAAGAUGUCCUCCUGGGGAAACUGGACAGUGUGGCGCAGAGUCCCCAAAUCACCCCACUGUCUGCUGCUCUGACGUCUUCUGCCCAGCCUCCUGCUGCAGUGGAACCUCCCAGACACCAGGUGGCAGCACCUGCAACACCGGGGAACCAGGAAGGACUGAGACAGGAGCUGGAGUCUCUGAGAGCCCUCCUGUCUGAGAGGGAGACUAUAAUCAGGACCUUGCAGGAGAACAACCACCGCUUGUCUAACUCAGCCCAGGUGUCAGAGAGCGAGCAGCGCGGCCAGGUCGACGAGGCCAGACAGGUCAGAGAGAGACUGGACGCCCUGCAGCUCUCUGUCAGGGAGAAAGACCUGCUCAUUAAGACUAAAGGAGACCAGCUCAAUCAGGUGAGUGAGAACCUGAGGAACCGAGAGAGCGACAACGAGCUGUUAAAACAGGCCGUGACCAACCUGAAGGAGAGAGCUCUUAUCCUGGAGAUGGAUACUAGGAAGCUGAAGGAUGAGAACGAGGCUGUGGCCCAGCGGAGCCGGGAGAAGGAGUCAGAGUUCAGAGCUCUGCAGGAGACCAACAUGCAGGUGUCCCUCCUCAUGAGGGAGAAGGAGUUUGAGAGGAGCGCCGUGUCGGAGAAAGCUGCCGCCAUGGAGAAGAUGCUCAAGGACAGAGAACAGGGCAACAGUCAGAGGUCAGGGGAGCUGAACCAGCUCCUGAACGAGCUGAGGUCCAUGCAGGAGAAAGCUGUGGCCUUCCAGCAGGAGAGAGACCAGGUCAUGCUGGCUCUCAAACAGAAACAGAUGGACACCACAGCCGUACAGACUGAGCUGCAGCAUGUGAAGGACAGAGAGCAGCGGUUGAAGUUGGAGCUGGACCGGCUACGUAACCACCUGCUGGAGAUAGAGGACACCUACACACGGGAGGCCCUCGCCGCCGAGGACAGGGAGGCGGAGCUACGUAGGAGGGUCACGCUAUUGGACGACAGACUGGCUACAUCCUCCAGUCAGGUGGAGAGCACCAGCCACCAGGCGUCUCUCCAGGUGGAGUCUCUCCAGGAGCAGCUGAGUGGAACGGUGAGGCAGAGAGACAAGGCCCUGACCCAGCUCAGAGCAGCACGGGACCAGGUCAACCAGUACGCCGUGUCCCUGUCCAACCUCCAGGUGGUGAUAGAGCAGUUCCAGCAAGAGGAGAAAGCCAUGUAUUCCUCAGAGCUUGAUAAGUACAAGAGGGAGAAGGACGAGUGGAGAAGAAAAGCAGUUAACCUGGAGGACAGAGCCUCUGCUCUUCAGAUCAACCUAGAUGAGGCUAACGCUGCUCUGGACUCCGCCACCAGACUCACUGACCAGCUGGACCUGAUGGAGGAGCAGUUAGAGGAGCUUAAGAAACAAGUUGACGUGAGGCAGGAGAUGUUGGAAGAAGCUCAGGACAAGUUGAUGACCGUGCUGAAUAGCACCGAGGGUAAAGUAGACCAGGCUCUGAUGCGGAACCUGUUCACGGGGUACUUCCACACCCCGAAACCCAAACGCUCCGAGGUGCUGAGGCUCAUGGGUAGUGUCCUGGGACUGGACAAGGAUGAGGUCAACCAGAUGUUGGAGGAGGAGGGGGGUCGUGGAGGCUGGGUGUCCAGCUGGUUGGGGGGUAGAACCGUACAGAGUGGCCCCAACACACCACAGAGACCUGGAGCAGGACAGGGUGGAUUCAACAACUCUUUCUCUGAGAUGUUUGUGAAGUUCCUGGAGGUGGAGUCUAGCCCGGUGGUUCCUGCCCCCAGACUUCCUGUCUAUGACAUCAACCCCCUUAGUGCCCCGCCCCCUGGGAGGACUACCAGCUCAGCCUGGGCUCAACAAUCAGAAGGAGGGGCGGCAGCCGGCAGGGGACAGAGGGCAGCAGGGGAGUCCAACCCUUUCCUAGCUCCCCGCUCUGCGGUCGUGCCACUGAUGCAUCAUGGGAGUGGUAGCUCCAGUGGGUCGGGAGGACACCACCUCCUGAUGAAACCUAUCUCAGACAACCUUCCCACCUUCACGCCUGUGCCUGUCUCUCCCGAGAGCGGAGGGCAGGUGCUCAAAGACUUACUCAAGCAGUGAUUGGAGCCACGGCCUGUCAAUCAGAGCUCCUCGUCCAAUCAGGAGGAACGUAGACACUACAAUAGACCGUUAUUACUGUGCUCCUUUCGUCCAACUGUCACUCAGUGAUGUCACUAACUUCCACACAGCAGGACAUGUCACCCUCUCUGAUUCACGGGCAGUUUGUUGGGUUGAAAUAGUAUUUUUGUUUUUUUAUUUACUAAAGAAGGAUCCAUUCCGUUGGCUAUAUUAAGGAAGACGAUCAGGACUCAAUGCGCUGAGUGUCCCAUUCACUCAGUGUGUGUAACCUGUUCUGCCAGGGCAUUGUUAGACAGACAGAGAGUUGAUGCAUUGAACAAAGAGGGAAGUGUACGCCUCCUGUUUUCUAGCUGUACAAUAUUAACGUGAUGGAGAACAUCAUCACUGUUUGGACAAUUUGAAGAUAAGUUUUGUAUUAUUUUAAUUGAAUUUUAGCCGUAGGCCUAAACUCUGGUUCUGGCCCAAAUAGCACUCUAAUCCCUACUUUUGACCUGAGCCUUACGGUGCCUGGUCAAAGGUAGUGGACUAUGUAGGGAACAGGGUACCAUUUGGACUGUCUGAUCUGAUGCAAGGCUUGCCUGAUGCUUCCUGGCAACAGCAAUGCUGUAGAGAUUUUAAUGUGAGACUUGCUCUAUGCAUCUGGUGAAACCAUCCAGACGUUUGUGCUUAAUCUUCUGUUUUCCAGACAGAGAAAUGGUGAUCAGCCACACGGCGUUACUGUGGUAAAACUGGUAAUAACAGGCUGUGGUUUGAUCAGAUCGCUUGACUAUGGUUCCGUUCCAAAUAGCACCUUAUUGCUUAUAAACAUACAGUGCAAUUAUAUGUGUGAGUGUGUACAGUACCAGUCAAAAGUUUUAGAACACCUACUCAUUCAAGGGUUCCUCUUUAUUUUUACUUUUUUCUACAUUGUA